AAAUUCAAACCAGUAACAGAUAAGAAUUCAAAGCAUGCCACGAAGCCGCACACGGACACACCCACAUCCCUUUCAGUUAGAGAAAUUUUUGGGUGUCGGCCAUUUCCUUCUCAUAUACACACCCACACCAACACAAACAUCACUUACCCCAUCCCCACCUACGCUUUCCUUAAUCCUUUCUUCCUCUCAUCUUCUUCUUCAUCAUCAUCUUCUUCUUCUUAUUGAUGGCUUAUGGAAAGAGAGAACCAUCCAUCUUUGACUCUUUCACCCUCUCACCACUACCAUAUCCAGUGAUCUUUAUCUUGGCCAUGGUACUACUGUUGCUGGGCAUAUCAGGGUUCUUCACUUAUGAAUCAAUCAUGGAGGACGCUGAGGAACAGAUAAACUGGGUGCUCUUCAUCAUCCCUGUGGUUUUACUGCUGCUCAUAAGAUGGUUGUCAUCUUUUGACAGUUUUGAAGGUUUGUUUGGUUUCUUGCCUUAUGACUAUCGCCGGAGGAGUUAUUUUGCAAGUUAUCAGGAAGGGAGCUCUCCUUGGGGUGUUCUUGCUAUUGUUGUUUUGCUUCUGGUUUUGGUUUCAUUUCAGUCUGACUUUCGUGAUAUGUGGAGGUUUUAGAAUAUUUUAUUACUAUUCAUACAUUUGGAAACUUUUGUAUUAUUAUUAUGUAUAUAUAUAGAUAUAUAUAGAUAUAUAUAUAUAUAUUUUUUUUGUGUGUGUGGUGUGUGUGUUUGGAUGAAUGGGAGUCAUUGUCAUGAAUAUUGAUUGCUUUGGGUUAAAUAUGAGUGCGAUUUGGCGUGUGCUGUUAA